CAUUCUCUCUGCUUUCUUGCAAAGAAAGACGUUGAAGAACCUUCAGAAACCCAAUUUCCGAUCCGUAUUUCCCUAUCGGUGACGAGCAAACCACCAUGGGUCAAGGAACUCCAGGCGGUUUAAACCGACAAGGCUUGCCAGGUGAUCGCAAGAACGACGGCGACAAAAAGGAGAAGAAAUUCGAACCGGCAGCGCCGCCUGCUCGAGUUGGCCGGAAACAACGUAAGCAGAAGGGACCUGAGGCAGCCGCUCGGUUACCGACGGUUACGCCACAUUCAAAAUGUAGGCUACGGCUCUUAAAGCUCGAGCGAAUCAAAGAUUAUUUGUUAAUGGAAGAGGAGUUCGUGGCCAAUCAGGAAAGGUUGAAGCCUCAGGAAGAGAAGACUGAAGAAGACAGGUCUAAGGUUGAUGAUCUUCGUGGAACACCAAUGAGCGUUGGUAAUCUAGAGGAGCUUAUUGAUGAGAAUCACGCCAUCGUGUCAUCGUCGGUCGGACCGGAGUAUUACGUUGGUAUUUUAUCGUUUGUUGACAAGGAUCAAUUGGAGCCUGGAUGUGCGAUUUUGAUGCACAAUAAGGUUCUUUCUGUUGUUGGGCUCCUACAAGAUGAUGUUGACCCCAUGGUGUCAGUGAUGAAGGUUGAGAAGGCUCCUUUGGAAUCAUAUGCUGAUAUUGGUGGAUUAGAUGCCCAGAUACAAGAAAUAAAAGAGGCAGUAGAGCUCCCAUUGACUCACCCAGAACUAUAUGAAGACAUUGGAAUCAAACCUCCUAAAGGGGUUAUAUUGUAUGGUGAGCCUGGAACAGGCAAGACUUUGCUUGCAAAGGCAGUGGCAAACUCCACGUCCGCAACUUUCUUACGUGUUGUUGGAAGCGAGUUGAUUCAAAAGUACCUUGGAGAAGGUCCUAAAUUGGUGAGAGAACUCUUCCGAGUUGCGGACGAUCUCUCCCCAUCUAUCGUAUUCAUCGAUGAAAUUGAUGCCGUUGGUACAAAAAGGUAUGAUGCACACUCUGGAGGGGAACGUGAAAUCCAAAGGACAAUGUUGGAAUUAUUGAACCAAUUGGAUGGUUUUGAUUCAAGAGGUGAUGUCAAAGUCAUUUUGGCGACUAAUAAAAUCGAAAGCCUUGACCCGGCUUUGCUUAGGCCGGGUCGGAUCGAUCGAAAGAUAGAGUUCCCCCUUCCCGACACUAAAACCAGGAGGCGAAUUUUUCAGAUACACACAUCAAGAAUGACUUUGGCGGAUGAUGUUAAUUUGGAAGAAUUUGUUAUGACGAAAGAUGAGUUCUCGGGGGCUGAUAUCAAGGCUAUAUGUACUGAGGCUGGAUUACUUGCUUUAAGAGAACGUAGAAUGAAGGUGACACAUGGGGAUUUUAAGAAGGCAAAGGAUAAGGUUAUGUUCAAGAAGAAAGAGGGUGUACCUGAAGGAUUAUAUAUGUGAAAAUGCUCGACACCAUAUUCUUUUUUGAUUGUUUAUGUUUAUUUGAUGAUAACUCAUAUUGCUCUCGUUACAGCCUCUCGCUUAAUAAUUGUUUUUGUA